ACAUACAUACAUACAUACAUACAUACAUACAUACAUACAUACAUACAUAUGGCGUGGCAGACUUUAUUUUGCCACCACGUGCUGGGCUCCAGUAAUGACUCAGCAAAUUCCACGCUUUAGCCUUUCCUCUCUCUCUCUCUCUCUGACCCCUCCCAUCUAGGCUCCUCCCCCUACCUUCCACAAGGAGGCGCAUGCGCGAGCCGGCCCAGCGCGCGGCCCAAUCCCGGACCUCCCUCCGUCCCCUCAGCGGUCCAACCGAAUUCGCCUGUUUUUCUUCCCCUCACGAAACAACAAAGCCGCCGCCGCCACUCCACACGCAGAAAAUGAAGUCCUAUCAGAAGCUGACAGCAGAUGUCCCCCAAAUCACAGAAUCUGGAGAGGAGGCCGCUGAUGGGAAACCGCUGUGUCAUCAGAAGUUGUCCACUUGGUGGCUGGGUGGGGGCCUCCUAACAGUGGCCGCCCUGCUUAGCGGGGUAACUGUCUGGGUUCUCGGGCAGAUCUGGUGGGGUCAGCACGGAACACUGCCCCUGACCAAGUGUGUCUCCAUCCCAGAAAGCCUCCGCUUUGACUGUUUCCCAGAGAGAAGCACAGUCGUGACGCGGGAGCUGUGCGAGGCCCGGGGCUGCUGCUUCGUCGAUGGUGACUGGCCUUCAGGCAGCGCGAGGGGGGUACCCUGGUGCUUCUACCCGCCUGACUUCCCCAGCUACACCUUGGGCAGCCUGAAUGAAACUAAGCUAGGAGUGCGAGGUUUUCUGACCAGGAAGGCAAAGACCUAUUACCCGAAAGAUGUUGAGAAGCUGCAGCUCAGCGUGGAGUUUGAAACAGAUGCCCGGCUACAUGUCAAGAUCACUGAUGCCACAGAGUCUCGGUACGAAGUGCCCCUUGAUGUUCCUCCAGCAACCAAGAGAGCGGAGAAUCCAUUGUACACCAUUGAGUUCUCCAGGGAGCCCUUUGGGUUGAUAGUGAAACGGAAAUCUUCGGGGACCGUGCUGUUGAACACAACAGUGGCUCCCUUGUUCUUUGCUGAUCAGUUUCUGCAGAUUUCUACAGUCCUUCCAUCCACAUUCAUUUAUGGACUGGGAGAACAUCGAAGCAACUUCUUGCAUAGUCUGGAGUGGAACACCCUGACCUUCUGGGCCCGAGAUGUCCCCCCUACGGAGUCCUACAAUCUCUAUGGCGUCCACCCCUUUUACCUUGCCAUGGAGAAAGACGGAGCUUCCCAUGGCGUAUUCCUCAUGAACAGCAACGCAAUGGAGGUGGUGCUUCAGCCCGCACCUGCCCUCACCUGGAGACCCAUUGGAGGCAUUCUGGAUUUCUACAUCCUCCUAGGCCCAGACCCCAAUUUGGUGGUCCAGCAGUACCAGCAGGUGAUUGGUUUCCCAGCCAUGCCUCCCUUUUGGGGACUGGGCUUCCAUCUCUGCCGCUGGGGCUAUGGAACAAGCAACGAGACCUGGGAGACCGUCAAGGCCAUGAGGAAUUUUCAGAUCCCGCAGGCUGCCCAGUGGAAUGAUAUUGACUACAUGGAUGGCUAUCGAGACUUCACCAUCGACUCCCAGAAGUUUGGCACUCUCCCCCAGUUGGUGGAAGACCUUCACAAACAUGGGCAGCACUACGUGAUGAUUCUGGACCCAGGAAUCAGCAGCACCCAACCUCCAGGCUCUUACUGGCCUUACGAUGAAGGCUUGAAGCGUGGAAUAUUCAUCAACAGCACCCAAGGAAAACCUCUGAUCGGGAAGGUCUGGCCCGGCCUCACCGCUUUCCCCGACUUCUCUAACCUAAACACUCACCAGUGGUGGCUGGAAAACCUGGAGAGAUUCCACUCCCUCGUCCCCUUUGAUGGCCUUUGGAUUGACAUGAACGAACCAUCGAACUUUGUGGAUGGCUCCCUCGCAGGCUGUUCCCAGGAAGAGCUAGAUAAACCCCCAUACGUGCCCGCCGUACUGGGAAAUUCCCUUUCCGCCAAGACCAUCUGUGCCUCCUCCAGGCAGAACGCAUCUGUGCACUACAAUCUCCAUAACCUCUAUGGGCUGAUGGAAGCCAAGGCUACUGCUAGCGCGCUAGUCAAGAUCCGAGGGAAGCGGCCUUUUGUCAUCUCCCGCUCCUCCUUCCCCAGCCAGGGCAGGUAUUCAGGGCACUGGCUUGGUGACAACAGGAGCGAGUGGAAGGACAUGGUCUGCUCCAUCCCAGGGGUGCUCAGCUUCAGCCUCUUUGGGAUCCCAUUGGUCGGGGCAGACAUCUGCGGCUUCUUGGGCUCCACCACAGAGGAGCUUUGCACUCGCUGGAUGCAGUUGGGAGCCUUCUACCCCUUUGCACGAAACCACAACACCCAGGACGUGAAGGCCCAAGAUCCCACCGCGUUCAGCCCUGCCGCCCGAACUGCCAUGAAGGCAGCGCUAGAGGUCCGCUAUGCCCUCCUGCCGUACCUCUACUCUCUCUUCCACCGGGCUCACCUGCAAGGGGACACUGUGGCCCGGCCUCUCUUCUUCGAGUUCCCGAAGGAUGUGGCCACUUACUCCAUUGACAGGCAGUUCCUCUGGGGGCGGGGCCUGCUUCUGACUCCCGUGCUGGAGCCUGGCGUGAAUUCGGUGAUUGGCUACUUUCCCCGAGGCUUGUGGUAUGACUACUACACGGGCUCUUCAGUGAACAGCAGCGGGGAGAACCUGAAGAUGGCCGCACCUCUGGACCACAUCAACGUGCAUGUGCGGGAAGGGACCAUCCUGCCAACCCAGAAACCCGGAGGCAGCACAGCAGUGGGCAGUGGGAAUGCUCUUCACCUGAUUGCGGCCCUGUCGCAGAACGCCAAUGCCUGGGGAGACCUUUACUGGGAUGACGGCGAGAGCCUGGACACGUUCGCCAAGGGCGACUAUUCUUACUUCGUGUUCAAUGUCACACAGAACACAUUCACUUCCACUGUCCUGCAUUCCAAUGCGGGAGCCACGUACGUCACAGUCGAUGCGCUGAGUGUCUACGGGGUCCGGGAAGAGCCAAAGACAGUCACUGUCAAUGGCAAGGAGAGGCCUUUUACCUAUCUGACAAACCAGGUUCUCACUGUGAGUGACCUCCAGCUCAACCUCAGCCGUGGAUUCAGCAUACACUGGAUGUGAGACUGGCAGUUCCCUCCCCCCCAGCCGUCUGAAUGUACUGUUGCCAGCAGGCGGGUCUGUCGCCCGUCCAGGCCCUCCAGAUGGGGGGCCGCACACCCCUAGGAGGGUCUCUGCGGCCCCGAGCCUCGUGCUCUCUUCUUCGCGUCUCCUCAGGAAAAAGACUCCCUGCUGCUUCAGCUUUUACUGCAUUUUUGCCAAAAAACGAAGCCCCGUCUCAGCUCGGCCCUCGAUGGGGCGAGGGUCUCUUGCACGCUGCUGGGCGUCCCCACCGAGCCAUCCCGCGCUUUGGACCGUGUUUGCUGCUCCCGUCGGAAAAGGGAGAUGCCUCCGUCGCCUUCGCUGGGUUAGAGCGCCUAAGCUGUAUAUCUGUGUGUGUGAGUUUUGUGCGUGUUUCUAAAGGUAGCCCUGGAUCUCUGUGUUGCUGCUGCUGCUGCUGCUGCUGCUGCUACAUCCUGUAUCAUCGCACUGUCUCUGCCACUGCAUGAGAAGGGACCUAAUGCAUGCCAAACGUCCCAAUCCCAGUGCCUGGUUUUCCCGGGUUUAAAGGAUCCGUGAUAGCAAGGCUGGGGGCAGGAGGGGGGGAGGAGGACUUCUUCUUCCUAAGAUGCCACAGAGACCCCUGCCAGGCUCUCCUUGAGCAAGUUGCGCUGUUUGUGGGGCAUAACCCCACCCUCCAGGGUCCUGAUGUGGGGAGGAGAGGAUACACAAGCCCAGGGUCUCUGCUGUCUUUUGCCGGGAGCAGGAUCUGAACGUGGAGCAAGGGCAGAAAGUGCAGCACCUCCAAGCCAGGCGAAGGGAGGAGGACAGGUUCCUGAGCCUUCAUCCUCUGCGCCAAUGAGAGGGGCAGGUGAUGUUCACUACAGUACCCUUUUGUUUCCGUAGAGGGCACUAAAGCUUGGGCACAUGCAGCCUGGGGUGCCUCUCUUGGGGCACAUUCACGCCAUGCGUUUAAAGCUAUGAUACCGCAGCGGUGGCUUAUCCCAAAGGAUUCUGGGAGCUGUAGUUUGUUCAGGGUUCUGAGGGAGCAUUCUGCAAACAGGAAUUCCCUGUGAAGAGGGAUUGAUCAUCAAACCACUCUGGGAAAGGAAUAGGGGUCCCCUCACAACCCUCAGAAGCCUUAACAAACCACAGCUCCCAGAAUCCUUUGGGGGGAAUGGCCGUUUACAGUGGCAAAUGUGUGGUACGAAUGUGCUCCCAAGGCUCAGCGUCAAUUCCGGACAUUUCCUGGUUCAUAAGAAGUGUCCAGCUGGAUCAGGCCCCAGGCCCCAUCCAGCAUCGUCACUGUGGCCAACCAAAUGUUUGGGGUUAGCCUGUUUAGGCCUCUUGUCUCUGUGCAGGAGCCGGUAAAAACGCCAUUCCUCCAGGACCUGAGCCCAAGAGAACUCGCCUGGAGUUCUGGUAUGCAGCACAAGGCAGCUUGUUCUCAAACAAACAUUGAAAGCCAAAGCCCUAUUUUGCCAACAUUGCUUUAAACCCACAAAGGUCAACAGAGGGUUUUCACCUCGUCAUAUCCCCACUUUCUUUGAUGGUCCACAGGUUCUGCUUGAAGGUGCCUUCCGGCUAUAACUGAACUGGGCUUUGUUGACCUAACCCACAGCCUCACUUAGGGCUGGCCCCUUGGGGUUUUGCCGCCUUAUGUGAGGUUUGCUUCUUCCAGUGCUGCGGAGGUUGUACCUCUUGCAUCACAUCCCAACACCUGCUUUCUUCGCCAAGAGGGAAUUUGGGCUGAUUGUGAACCCGCCUCCUGUUUGAAUGUCUCUGCAGUGAUUCAGAAUGUACCCUUGUGGGGGGGAAUGCUCAGUUGCACUAUUUUUUAUACCGAUCCCUCCUUCCCCCUACCUGCAGUUUCGUGAGCGGAGCAGAGCAGGGAGCUGCCUGCCUUGCUUCUGGCCAUUUGGGAAAGGCCAGCAGUGCCGAGAAACAAAGUGAGUGGCGUAUUCAGAUUGUUCAGCUUUUACCCGUUCAUUUGGGGCUUUGCAUCUGCCAUUUCUCUGUGGCUGGCUGUACUCAGAUUGAGACUCAAUAAAACAAAACUUCAAAGAG